AGAAUUUUGUUAAAUCUCACUAAAAGCCUGCAGAACUGUGUUAACAGAAGUAAACGAAUAAACACGACGAUGGUGAAAGCAGUAGUGGGAGAGGAAGCGCAGCUGAAACUUGCGGAAGAGCGGCUUACCAAAUCGGGGCCAGCCGCUCAGAUAGGGCUUGUGAUAGGGAAGCUGAGCUCGAGCUUAGAUCGCGGGUUCAUAUUCGACUUGGUACCGACGCCGCUGAACGAUGCCGGCGAGCCGGCUUGCUCGAUUGUCGGUGGCGCGAAUGACGAUCGGAAGAAAGGAGGGAAGGGAAAAACGCAGGCCGACUCUUCGGCUUUAUUCAUUGAUCAGGAUUGGAUUGCUGAACACGCUCGCCAGGUUGGAAGAAUGCUAUUGGGUGGAAUUAAAGUGAUUGGCAUCUAUAUAUGGGCUAGUGAGAGCUCAUUUAAGAACUCAACAAUAACCAUGUGUCAGACUGUAAAAGCCGUUGCCAAGGCUACCCCCUUUAUAGAUGCUGACAGUGAUGAGCGGCUACUUGUUCAUAUUUGUUACAGUCCCAUGAGGUGGACAACUCGGAAUUGCUCAUUGGCUUCUAAUAUCACAUCAAGCAGCCUACGACCUUGUGAUUUCAAAAUGGGGAAAAUUCUUACUUCCCUCCAGGCAUUCAGAUGCACAUAUGCUUUUGAUUUUAGAGUGCCAAUAUGCUGUGGGGAUGAGUCGAGUAUCACAAGAUUGGCUGACAUUCUUCACCAUUGUAUUUCUCUUCAUGCAAAAGAGCUAAAAUGUGCCACGGCUUUAAUUGAUGGAAAAUUGGCAAUUGGGGAUGAGCAAGUUGCAUCAGGCGGUGUACAUGAUGUUGAAUUCCUCCUACCUUUCAUGCAAGAUAAGUUUGAUGCAUGCAGCCAAAAAGACAUUAUUGGUGUUCUUGUCUUUGCUGGUGCCGUCUGCUCUUAUGCUUACUUGACUGCAAAGGAGCAACUUUCACAAGCUAUGACUGAUAUAAAGGAAGAUAUAAUAUUGAGUUUGAAGAGUAGAUUAGACAUCAUAUGUGAUGCCACAGAGAGGGGAUCAGAUGCUAUUGAUGGAAGCCUUGAAGAAGCAAGGGAUCAAAUAUCAGCAGAAGAACCAGUUCCACUACUUGAUUUACAAUUGCAAAGGAAAAAUUGCAGCCUAUUGUUUCCUCGAAGAGUAUUUAUUCCAUGGUUAGCUAAUACAUAUGUCUGUGACUACAUACAACCAUCUGAAACAGUUGAGGUUCUUAAUGAUCAUUGUGCUGAGUUGAUGUCCAUAGAAGUUCCGAUUGAUCCUUCAAGAAUUCUGGAGCCUGAAUCAGAAGCUCCUAUAUCUGCAACCACCCAGUCUUUUUGGGAAAUGUUGAAACAACAUUCCUUGUCGGCAAAGCCAGACCUCUCAAAGCAUGAAGAGACAAAAAGCUUGAGAAGUGACCAGAAAUCUAAAAACUCAGCAGGCUUUUACAUGCUGAUACCAUUUUUGGUUCUUAUUCUGUCACUCAUAGUGGGAGUGGUAACAUUUGCAAUGAGGUCAUCAUAAUGCAAUCGUGAAGAGUUACCAAGUUUGCCCAUCAGGUAUAAUCUUUUUCUUCCAAUAGAGAUUUACUUAUAUGAGAAUAUCCUUUUGAGGAUUGUGAAAUCCAUGGCCUUCAGCCAUGUGUAGAUUACUUUUAAAAUGAAGUCACUCUGAAACUUGAAUUGAUUCUUGUCUUAACAGUC